AUGUCGUCGGCUUCGGUGAGAGAGGAGCCCCAAGCUUUCUUCUCCACCUAUGCGCCCCGACUGCGCGCCUACAGGAAUUCGCUCCUCACGCCUGUUCUUCCCUCCUCGCAACCAUCAGGCCCUCUAUCUCGAACUACCAAGCGGGGAACCACAAUCAUCAACUAUGCAGAAGACGGCUACGACUAUGAUGUCUCCGACGACGACAACUCGCGACGGCGGCCGACCGGACUGCGCAGUCUGCGUCGCGAAGACAGCAGCGCCCAGCUCGACCCCGGCGACAAGUUCGACAAGGAGAUCUACGAGCCCGUUGAGGUGCAAGGCGUAUACCGAGACUGGAUGAACAAGUCAAGGCAGGGCCUUUCCGACAUGCAGAACUACGCGCAAUCCUGCCUACCUCUGACCCUCAUCCCCAUCCGCAUCGACCUCGACAUCCCAGCCUUCACGCCUCUCCCGGCGCAUCCUCCACCGGCCCCCAACAUGCCAGGCAUUGACUACACGGCGCCGCAGUACAAGUCGGGCGAGAUGACCAUUCCAUACAAGCUCCGAGAUACGUUCUUGUGGAAUCUGCACGAGACGCUGAUGACCACGGAUCAGUUUGCGGCAACUCUUGUUCAAGACCUCGACCUACCUAACAGGAAUCUGGCCAUUGCCGAGAUCAGCAAGCAAAUUAGGACCCAGCUUGAGGAAUACGCCGGCGUCGCCCUACAUCCCCUUUUCCACUCACAUGCCAGCAGUAGUGAAUCAGGCCCUCGGCAAAAUGGCACCAGCAUACCACCUACCCCUCUGCUCAAGGCAUCUGGCUCCACCGGGCCUGAUACGCCUGUUCGAAGCGGUCUGUCCCACCUGCCUGCGACGCCUUCGGCCCUCGGAACGUCGACACCAGUCCUUGGAGCUACGACUGCACCGACGCAGGAGACGAGCGCCCAGGUCACCGCGACCGCGGAACAUGUCACAGCCGACUCAGACGACCUCAACCCUGAAGAUACCUACCGGUGCAUCAUCAACUUGAGCAUCAACCUCGGGCACCAGCUAUACACAGACAAGUUUGAAUGGUCGCUCCUCCACCCCGCAGGAACUGCGGAAGCAUUCUCCAAGCAGACGUGCGCUGAUCUUGGCUUGACUGGCGAAUGGGUUCCAGCGAUGACACACGCGAUCUAUGAGGCUGUCCUACGUCUGAAGAAGGAAGCCUGCGAGUCCGGCGGCGUGAUAUCCGGCUGGGUGGGCGCAAGCGCCAUGAAUAGCGGCGACUUCCCAAAUGACGCAGCUAUCACGGCGCAAGGGGAGCGAGCUGGGUGGCGGUAUGACCCGGAGCAUCUGGCGGACGAGUGGGAGCCUAAGAUUGAGACACUGUCCAAGGAGGAGAUCGAGAAGCGUGAGGGCGACCGAGAGAGGCAGAUAAGGCGACUGCGUCGCGAAACGGCGCGGUUCUCGAGCAACACCGGCAUGAUGGGCGGUGUGCCUGCUGGCUUUGGCUUCACGGGUCUGAUCGAGCAGGAGGAGGAGCGGAUGGGGCGCGGCGAGCGGAGCAAGAAGAAGCGGCGAUUCAGGAGCCUGUCCCCGCUGGGGAGGGCUAGCACGCCGGGAGGCAGGUUCACACCUGAUGUUGGUGCCGGCGGCGGUGGCGGUUAUGGCGGUGGCGGCACACUGACGGAACAAGAGCGGUUCACAUGGAGAUGCUACCACUGUAGAGUAUGGGGCACCAGUGUUUGGGCCGUUCGUGAUGGGCCCCAUGGACCAAGGACUCUAUGCAACAACUGCGGCUUCAUGUACGAGCGGGACAGAAAGCUACCCCGGUGGACGAAGCACCUGCACAUCAAGGACUCAAGACCUCAGUAG